AUGUUUUUCAAUCAUAUUUGGGGCAAGACACUGCGUGAUGGUGAUCAGAAUGUCUUCGGUGUACGUCGCAAUCCACAUACGACGAUUUCUCCAAUUCGUGGUAUUGAGCAGUAUAUGGAUGUUGCUCGUCAAAUGAAGGUCGACCUCACUCGCGGGUAUCUCUUUCGACCGACGACCCCUGAAGAAGGCAUUCAGGAUUCUCCAUUUACGUCUUCUGCCGCAGAAGCUCGCUUGAAACUUUACUUGGGCACAUGGGGUCUGAUGAGGGAGAGACGUUGCAUUGUUUCAGAGCUGGUUGUGCUAUUCCUCUUGCGCUUACUGGUGCCGAUUUGCCGGAAAUCAUGCAGCACGUGCGUUGGGCACGCCAUCAUACAGCUCUGCAUUAUAUGCAACUUGCUAAGGUCUUGCAUCCGGAGGGUGCUUCAGCUUGUUUAGCUUCUGGCAAUGCAGGAAAUGUGGUCAAUCCAUGGCAAGAUGUCAAUCACUUACAACGAUUUGUGUCAGCGUUUCCUACGAACAUCACUAACAUUUCCUAA